CAAGUAUCCGGUCCAUUUACGCUAUCAGUUGUCGCGCCGUCUCAAUUUUGAUGCAUCAUACACAAGGCCGAAAAGUGGGCUGACAGCAUCAACACCGCGAACCAACCGGACACAUGAAUCUCUCCGACGGUGAGAGAAAACACGAUAAGAAGAGUCAUCCGUUAGCAACGCGGCCUUCCAGGCGAGGUUCUUUUGUCUCGCGAAUAAACAUUGUUACCGGCCAACCUCCAAUUGACAUCUGGGCCAGGUAUUUCUAGGCACCGAGAUAUCCGAGAAAUAGGACGCGACGACUCUCACUUUUAUUUAUUUGAGACCUCAGUAGAUGUAAUUCGGCUUGGCUGCUGGACUAUUCCAGCACCCAUACUCACGCCAUGGAGUCGUAUAACUCGACUCAGUGUCGGGAUGGAUUCUUCGGCCCCAGCGUCUGGACUGAGGGUUGCCGGGGGGGAUUCGACUUUACGCCGCUCAUAUUUGGAGUAGUUACAUUUGAAGAGAGCAUUCUGAGCAUGACCCCCGCGGUUGUGUUCUUUCUACUAGCAGGUCCUCGGGCACUCUACCUGCUCAAAGUCCCCGAUAGAGCAAAGCGCCGUGCAACAUACACCCCCAAGCUUGUUGCUUCCAUCAUCUACUCAGUGUUGCAGGUCAUCCUGCUCGCCUUGGUCGCUUCCAGGAAAAAGCUAACCACCAACUUCUCUCUGGCCGCCGCCAUCUUCAACCUCCUUGCCGCCUUCGCAAUUGUACUUCUAACCCACUUCGAGCACGUCAAGUCUAUCCGACCAUCAUUUCUCCUCACGGCGUACCUUUUCGUGUCGCUGCUCUUCGAUGCUGCGCACCUGAGGACCGAGUGGUUACUUUCCUACAACGUCGCCUACGCAGCCGUCAGCUCCGCGUCAGCUGUGUUCAAGCUCACGCUUUUGGUCUUGGAGACGAUAGAGAAGCGCCGGAUCCUUAUCAAAGGCGGCAAAGCUCCAUCCACAGAGAGCACGAGUGGGCCGUUUAGUCGCGGGCUCUUUGUCUGGCUCAAUUCAUUACUUAUUUCCGGCUGGGGGACUGUUUUAACUAACAAUGGCCUACCUGAGAUCUACGAGAAGCUCUCCUCCGCCAAACUAGCGAUCAGAUUUGGGACUGCCUGGAAAAAAGCGACUGAGAACAGCAAAAAUCCAUCCAUCUUCCUGACCACAAUCAGAAUUUUGAAGUGGGAGCUUCUUGGGAUUACGCCACCUCGUCUCGCCAUUAUUGCGUUGAGUAUUUCGCAGCCUUUCCUCAUCUCCAAUGCUUUGCGAUUUCUCUCCACGCCAACAACAGAAGCUUCAAUGAACCUCGGAUACGGAUUGAUUGGCGGAUUCGCUUUCGUCUUCAUUGGGUCUGCUCUUAUGACGGCGUGGUACGAGCAUCUUACUUUCCGUGCUGGCGCCAUGGCCCGCGGGGGUCUUAUUACUUUGAUCUACAGCAAAAUGAUGAGGUUGCCUACAACUGAUCUAAACGAAUUGUCUGCAGUUGCUUUGAUGGGUAACGAUGUAGAGACACUGACAGAGAAACUUCACGUCUUGCUUGUCGAGUCAUGGGCCAAUACACUCACCGUAGGGAUUGCCAUGUACAUGUUGGCAGACCAGCUCGGAGCUGUUUGCGUGGCACCGAUAAUCACAGCGAUAAUCUCGAUUUCCCUCUCGAGCAUCGUUGGCAAGAUGACGGUCCCCCGUCAGACAGUGUACCAAAAGUCAACUCAAGACCGCAUCAACUUCACCUCUGAGGUCCUUGGGUCAAUGAAGGCUGUAAAGAUGCUGGGCUUGACAGACCGUUUCAGGGACCUCAUUGCGCUAAAGCGAGACGAGGAGCUGGCAGUAGGCAUACACUACCGCUGGGUAUCCGUUUACUCCAAUUGCAUAACCAACUGCAACGUCAGUCUCACAGAGGCCAUUACGUUCGGCGCCUAUGCUAUCGCUGCGAAACUCAGCGGCAGCGAGUCAUUUUCAGCUUCCCAAGCGAUCACUGCGUUGUCAAUCCUCACCGUAAUGAUGGAGCCACUAUCGCAUCUCGUGGGAAACAUUCCGCACUCUUUUUCUGCCUUUGGAUGCUUCAAGCGGAUCCAGGAGUUUCUGUUGCUUGAGGAGAGGGUUGACAGCCGCGCCAUCCGUGGCGUUGUGAACGAAAUAACUUCUCCCAAGCCAUCCAAAAGGUCAGAUCGAGUCGUCCAAGAGGUAAUCGAAAUGCAAAGUUUGCAUAGAGCUAGUUUGGAUGACGCCCAUGUUGCAAUUGUGGAUGGGGACUUCAAUUGGCGCGACAAGCAUGUCCUCCAAGACAUCACCACCUCGUUCCCACGACAACCUAAUGGGUCGCUGACUAUGGUUGUUGGCCCUGUAGGAUCUGGGAAAUCAAGUCUCCUCAAAGCCAUCCUCGGAGAAACCGCCUCAUCCAACGGUGUUGUCUCUCUCAACUCCCCCGACGUUGCCUUUUGUGAUCAAACACCUUGGGUCAUGAACGCAACAAUCCGAGCGAACAUUGUUGCGGAAUCUCGAGAAUUUGAGAGUAGUUGGUUCAAUACAGUGAUCAACGCAUGCGACCUGGCUCUUGAUUUCUCAAGGCUUCCAGAAGGGGACCUGACUGUUGUUGGUGACAAGGGAGUCAAGCUUAGCGGGGGCCAAAGACAACGAUUAGCGAUCGCCCGUGCGGUUUAUUCAAGGAAGCCCGUAGCUAUCUUCGAUGACGUAUUCAGUGGGCUUGACAAGGUGACAGAACAAGUAGUGUUCGGCCGUGUCUUUGGAAAGGAUGGCCUUCUUAGCCAGAACGGGACCACCGUGAUCCUUGCAACACACGCUGUCCACCGACUCCCCGAAUCCGAUUAUAUCAUUGCCCUUGAUCGGGAUGGAAAGCUCGUAGAGCAAGGAUCCUUCGCCACUCUCCGAUCUGGAGGGGGAUACGUCGAAAGCCUGGACAUAUCAAGUCAUUUCAGUGAUGACGAAGAAGAGAAACCGUCGCUAGGUUCAGGUAACGAUACUGAGGCCAAGAACGCCAAACCAACCACCGGGAAAAGUGGCGAAGAUCAAACCCUCCCAAGCGACUCUAGUGUCUUCCUGUACUACUGCAAGGCCAUGCGGGCGCAUAACGUUGCGAUGCAGGUUCUGUUCACUGUUUCUUCAGGUGUUAUUGGCACAUUCAGAUAUGUUUGGAUCACAUGGUGGGGCAAUGGCAAAGGACAUAACAGUAGUGAUCUUGGGUACUGGUUGAGUAUCUAUGCUGUGUUGUCGCUUUUGGAAGGCAUCCUCAUAACGAUGGCUAUUGCUCUAUUCCUUCUGAUUGUUGGACCAACAAGUGGGAGGACUUUGCAUAAGAGAAUGUUGGACGCGGUGAUGAAUGCACCGAUGAAGUUCCUAUCCAACAUUGAGACCGGAUCUUUGGUCAAUCGAUUUAGUCAGGACUUGCGAUACGUGGACAUAGUCCUCCCCGUUGCGCUUGCUGUGUUCAUUUUCGAAAUCGCUGCGUGUAUAGGCGCCGCUGGUCUUGCCAUGGCAGCGGUUAGCUGGUUUGCCAUUUCCAUACCAUUUGUCGUUGCCACACUCGUCCUCAUCCAACGAUUCUACGUCCGGACAUCAAAGCAACUUCGUAUUUUGGAGAUUGAACAAAAAGCUCCGCUGUUCUCUCAUUUCCUGGAAUCCAUCCACGGCCUGACCACGAUUCGUGCCUUUGGCUGGGUCCAGCCAUAUGCUGAUAAGAAUCUAACCCGAUUAGACGAUGCUCAGAAACCCGCCUACUUGCUCAACUGCAUCCAAAGAUGGUUAACCCUAGUCUUGGACAUGGUAGUUGCAUUUCUCACCAUCAUUCUUGUUGUUUUUGCGGUCACGUUGCGAGAUAAAGUCAAUCCGUCGCUAUUGGGUGUUGCACUUGUCAACAUGAUGCGCUUAGGAGGCAACAUGAAAGGUAUCAUUUUGUACUGGUCCAUCCUGGAAACCUCUUUGGGGGCCAUUACUAGGAUUCGGACCUUCUCUGAAAAGACAGCUACCGAGCUAGAGCCUAGGGAAAAUAGUCAACCUACGGAUGGUUGGCCUUCUCGAGGUGCAUUGGAGGUAAACAACCUGUCGGUUCAAUAUGAUGAAACUACCGAUCCCAUCCUGCGCGGAAUUUCCUUCAGCAUCAAGCAUCGGGAAAAGUUUGGGCUGUGCGGCCGUAGCGGCAGCGGUAAAAGUUCAUUUGUCCAAGCACUUCUUCAAAUGGCGGAUAUUGUUGGAGGCCAGAUCACUCUAGACGGCGAGGACUUGACUAAAGUACCGCGUCCAAUGAUCCGUGAGAAGCUGAGCUGUCUUACGCAAGAUCCAUUUCUGUUCAGUGACAGCAUUCGGUUCAACGCAGAUCCUAUAGGAAGAUGUUCGGAUGAGGCCAUCACCAGAGCACUGGAACGUGUUGGCAUUUGGUCCGUGAUUAAAGCCAGGGUUGGGGAGGGUAAGAACCCCUUGGACGAAAGGAUGGACGAGAACUUCUUGUCCCACGGCCAACGCCAGCUCUUCUGUCUUGCUCGUGCACUGCUGAAGGAAAGUCCUCUGCUUAUUCUUGAUGAGCCCACAAGCAGCGUUGACAGUCAGACGGACGCCAGGAUCCAGGAGGUGAUCCGGUCAGAGUUCUCUAACUGCACAAUCAUCAUGAUUGCUCAUCGACUCGAUACGCUACUUGACUUUGACAAAAUCGCCGUCCUCGACAGGGGCACAUUGGUACAGUUUGGUACACCUCAGGAGUUACUGGCCAACGAGAUGGGCGCUUUUUCAAGGCUUUACCAUGCCGAUCAGAGUAAGAGACCGAGUCCUAGUGAUAAUUGAUAGGCCAUUGGCAGUGUGGAGGACCGGGCUUUUCUUCAGCCAGGUGCUUUUUCAGUACCGCCAACACCUAACUGAGAGAGGGGCCAAGCAGCUUCAAUCUGUAAUAAUAAUUUUCAAGCUUGGGCUACGCCUAAUCUGGGGGUUUCAACCGGGGCUGUGGAGAUUGAAAAUCCUCCAUUAUACUACGGUCAGGGCCUCAAGAUACAGCAUUACAAACCUACAUUUUAGAAUACCUGUGAACGUCAAGAAGGGAAGAGUGUAUCAUUGAAUUUGUCUUUCUGUAAAUGUUCAGGUUUCGCCGAAGUGGGUAUCCAGGGUUGAUUAUAUUAAGUUUGGAGGUGCAAUUAGACCUAAC